UAAUAUCACCGGCAAGACAUACAAGCAGAACGUUAGGGGAAGUACGAAAGGAUUCAAGUUCGACUUUGCUUGCCAAAAGAUGUGGAGUUAAAGUUGGUCCGAUGCUGAUAAGCGUAUCUUCAGAGCAACUCACAAUUUUACAGGUGGGGAAAUGCCUGAGCCUCUACAUAAGACUACAUAAGACAUACGAGCUGUAAAAGAAAUGGCGUCAAAUAAUAGCAGACAAUUUCUCGCCAAUUUGACGCGCACGAAGAAGAUACCGACGAAUGGGGAGAUACGUGAGUCUCAAUUGCGGCAGAAGCUGAACACCUUCGACCUAACACUUCUCGGGAUAGGCGGCAUGGUUGGUCCAGGACUGUACGUCGUCGCUGGCGUAGUCGCCAAGGACACAGCCGGUCCUGCCAUACUGGUGUCCUAUCUUCUUGCAGGGGUUGUAGCCCUUCUUGCGGCCAUGUGCUAUGCAGAAUUUGCGGGAAAGAUCCAUCGGACGGGUUCCGCUUAUACGUUCACGUACGUUGCUCUUGGCGAGGUGUGGGCUUUCUUCAUCGGCUGGAACUUGGUGCUCGAAUACGUUGUAGGUUCUGCUUCGGUUGGUCGCGGAAUGAGUGGAUACGUGGACAACAUGUGCGACAAUGCCAUUUCCAAUUUCACCAUCGAGCACAUUAUGGGUGGACAACUGUGGCAAGCUCCGAAUAUUGCUCAGUACCCUGACCUCCUCGCAGUUGCAAUUGAAAUUUUUACUGGUGUUUUUGUACUACUAGGUGUGUCCGUUUCAUCGUGGGUGAAUAUCAUUUUUCUCUCUAUCAACAUGCUGGUUGUACUACUCAUCUUUGGUUUAGGGAUCCGCUUAGCAGACUUCUCGAAUUGGACAGAUGGCGGUGGCUUUGCUCCAUUUGGAAUAGAAGGUAUCAUAGCGGGCGCUGCAACUGUCUUUUACUCCUUUGUAGGUUUUGAUACGAUAGCCAUCUGUAACGAGGAGGCAACAAACCCAAAGCGAAGCAUUCCCGUGUCCACUUUCAUUGCUGUGAUGGUCACCAUCAUCAUGAACGUCAUGGCUACGGCAUCACUGACCUUGAUGGUUCCAUAUAGCGACAUCGAUGUCAAUGCGGCGUUUCCAAGUGCUCUGUGGCCUUUGGCGCCAUAA